AUGGAUUCUCGUCCAAGUUUUACCAAUCCUACUGGCACAUUAUUGGCCCCGACAUCAUCCGAGGACAUCAGACUCUUCUUCACUACGGGCGUUCUCCACCGGCAACAAAACGAGACUCAUGUCCGUCUGAUUCCCAAAGUUACCGCAGCUAGAAGGGUUGCUGAGUACCGUCCGAUAUCUCUCUGCAACACUCAUUACAAGAUCAUUGCCAAAAUCUUGACCCGAAGAUUGAAACCUCUUCUCCCGCAGUUGAUCUCGAGGUCUCAGUCUGCUUUCGUUGCUGGCCGAGCCAUUGGUGAUAACGUCCUCAUAACCCAUGAAACUCUCCACUUCCUUCGUACGUCAGAGGUGAAGAAAUAUUGCUCAAUGGCCGUGAAAACGGAUAUGAGUAAGGCGUACGACCGGAUCGAGUGGGACUUUCUCCGAGCAGUUCUCGAACAGCUUGGCUUUGCGCAGAUUUGGGUGGAUUGGGUUAUGGCUUGUGUUGAGACAGUACUCUCCUCGAUGUGUGAAAAGGCGCAGAACAACGGGUCCCUUCCAGGUGUGCGAGUCUCUCGCGGAAGCCACGCCAUCACCCACCUCUUGUUCGCCGAUGAUACCAUGUUCUUCUGCAAAUCCAGUGCCUCCAGUGUAGCUACACUCCUCGGUAUCCUGCGUACUUAUGAGAGCCUGUCGGGACAGUGCAUCAACUUCUCGACGUCCUCGAUUACAUUUUCUGCCAAAACUCCUAUGGAAGUAAAAACCAGAGUUAAAGAUACUCUGAACAUCGAGACUGAAGGUGGCUUGGAAAUCACACAGUUGGACUACGCGUUUUCUGUCGAGAGCCGGAAACAGGUGCUCCUCAAAGCAGUCCUUGUAGCUAUGCCCUGUUAUACCAUGUCAUGCUUCAAAAUCCCCCUCUCACUAUGCAAGCAAAUCCAAUCCCUCCUCACGAGAUUUUGGUGGGACUCUAAUCUGGAUAAGAAGAAGAUAUGCUGGGUGUCUUGGGACUCUCUCACUCAACCGAAGUAUGCCGGUGGUCUUGGAUUCCGAGAUGUAGAAAUGUUCAAUGAUGCUCUGCUUGCUAAGAUAGGAUGGCGUCUGAUCACUAAUCCGGACUCUCUGCUAGGCCAGGUCCUAUUGGGAAAAUACGCUAAAUACUCGUCCUUCAUGGACGUCCAACUCACCGGAAGCGCCUCACAUGGGUGGCGGAGUAUCCUAGCAGGGAGAGAGAUUCUUUGCAAGGGUCUCAGUUGGGUCAUUGACAGCGGUGAAAGGGUUAGAGUCUGGAAGGAUCCUUGGCUUUCAUGUGGGAUCCCUACUACACCUAUAGGACCACCGAACAGCCAUAACGAGAACUUGCUUGUUAGCGAUCUCCUCUGCCCAGUAUCGAAUGAAUGGGACUUCGAUAGAAUCAGACAGCAUAUACCUCAGUAUGAGGAUGAUAUCAUGCACAUUAUCACUAGCCAUGCUUCCUCUGAUGAUCGAUUAGUCUGGCUCUUUGAGAAGACAGGGGUGUACUCCACCAAAUCUGGGUACGGCGUAGGCAUCAAAGAUCAAGCGGUGCUUCCCCCUACUCUCACUUUGUAUAACUAG